GCGGGGCCAAGCAGCCGGCGGCCGAGCCAGGCCCCGCUCCGCCCCUUGGGGCUCUCCCCGGGGAAGGGCCUCGGAGGCUUCCAACGCAUUCCGGCUGCGGAGAGCGUAGCCGCCCAGCCUCCCGCGGGAGCCCGACUCCCGCCCCGCAGCUCGCGUCUGCGGCUCCAGGGGUGGCGGGAGCAGGGGGCGUCGCGCUGGCCCCGCCCCAGCCCUCGGAGGAAGAGGGGGUCGCUCCCUGCCAGUGGGAGGGGUCGCGGCCCGCGUUCCCCCUCCCCACCCACCGGCCCCCGGGUUAAAUGCGGCCGCCGCCUCCGCCCGCUCCAGCUGCCUGGCCGUCCCCACCUCGGGCACACUGCCCGCGCCGGUACCUGGUCCAACUGCCCGGGAGGCUCCGCCCGUCGGCUCCGCUCUGCGGCCGCGCCUCUGAGCUGUCCGGCAGGCUCAGGCUCCAACACCUCCGUUCUGUGUUGGCUGAGCGCCAUGAGGGGGCUUCUAUAUUCGCUGCUGCCCCUGUUGCUGCUCCUUCUCCAGCCUUGGGAAACCCAACUGCAGUUCGCAGGUCCCAGGUGCAGUACUGGGCCCCUGGAUUUGGUGUUUGUGAUUGACAGCUCGCGCAGCGUGCGCCCCUUCGAGUUCGAGACUAUGAGGCAGUUCCUGGUAGGCCUUCUCCGCAGCUUGGACGUGGGGCCUAACGCCACUCGCGUCGGCGUGAUCCAGUAUUCGAGUCAAGUGCAGAGCGUCUUCCCGCUCCGAGCCUUCUCGCGCCGCGAGGAUAUGGAGCGCGCCAUCCGCGCUCUGGUGCCGCUGGCGCAGGGCACCAUGACCGGGCUGGCGAUCCAGUACGCCAUGAAUGUGGCCUUCAGCGUGGCCGAGGGCGCGCGCCCGCCGGAGGCGCGCGUGCCUCGCGUGGCCGUCAUCGUGACCGACGGGCGGCCCCAGGAUCGCGUGGCAGAGGUGGCCGCUCAGGCGCGCGCCCGCGGCAUCGAGAUCUACGCCGUGGGGGUGCAGCGCGCCGACGUGGGCUCCCUGCGCGCCAUGGCGUCCCCCCCGCUGAACGAGCACGUCUUCCUCGUCGAGUCCUUCGACCUUAUCCAGGAGUUCGGCCGGCAGUUCCAGGGCCGGUUGUGUCGAAAGGACCUGUGUGCUCAGGGGGCACACGGCUGCCAGCACCAAUGUGUCAGCGCCCCGGGCACCUUCCACUGUGCCUGCAACCCUGGCUAUCAGCUAGCAGCAGAUAACAAGAGCUGUGUGGCCCUUGACCUCUGCACCGAAAGGGACCGUGGCUGUGGGCAUCACUGCGUCCGCAUCCCUGGCUCCUAUUUCUGUCGGUGCCGAGCUGGCUUUGUACUCCGGCAGGACCAGAGGAGCUGCAGGGCCAUUGACCACUGCAGCUUCGGGAACCACAGCUGCCAGCACGACUGUGUUAGCACUUUCGGUGGGCCACAGUGCCGCUGCAGAGAGGGCUAUGACUUGCUGCCCGAUGGGAGGAGCUGUCAAGCCCGGGAUCUUUGCAAUGGCGUGGACCAUGGAUGUGAGUUCCAGUGUGUGAGUGAGGGCUUCUCCUACCGCUGCAUGUGUCCUGAGGGGCGGCAGCUCCAGGCAGAUGGCAAGAGCUGCAGCCGGUGCCGGGAAGGCCACGUGGACCUGGUUCUGCUCGUUGACGGCUCCAAGAGCGUGCGCCCGCAGAACUUCGAGCUGGUGAAACGCUUCGUGAACCAGAUCGUGGACUUCCUGGACGUGUCCCCCGAGGGCACGCGCGUGGGGCUAGUGCAGUUUUCCAGCCGCGUGCGCACCGAGUUCCCGCUGGGCCGCUAUGGCACCGCGGCCGAGGUGAAGCAGGCGGUGCUGGCCGUGGAGUACAUGGAGCGCGGCACCAUGACCGGGCUGGCCCUGCGCCAUAUGGUGGAGCACAGCUUCUCCGAGGCGCAGGGCGCGCGGCCCCGGGCGCUCAACGUGCCCCGCGUGGGCUUGGUCUUCACCGACGGCCGCUCCCAGGAUAACAUCUCCGUGUGGGCGGCGCGCGCCAAGGAGGAAGGCAUCGUCAUGUACGCCGUGGGCGUGGGCAAGGCCGUGGAGGAAGAACUGCGAGAGAUCGCCUCGGAGCCAGCCGAGCUGCACGUGUCCUACUCCCCGGACUUCAGCACCAUGACGCACCUGCUGGAGAACCUCAAAGGCAGCAUCUGCCCGGAGGAGGGCAUCGGCGCGGGGACAGAGCUUCGGAGCCCCUGCGAAUGCGAAAGCCUCGUGGAGUUCCAGGGCCGCACGCUGGGGGCGCUCGAGAGUCUGUCGCAGAAGCUGGCCCAGCUGACCGCACGCCUGGAGGAUCUGGAGAACCAGCUGGCUACCCAGAAGUGAGGGCCGCUGGUGGCCCGGACCCGGGCAAGGAACGCGGCCCCGCGGACAGCCCCAGCCCUCUACCCCCGCUCCGGGGGCGCCGUCGGGGCGCCAGGCCCGGACAGAACCUGGGUCCUCGCGGGCUUGGGCUGUCGCGGGGGAGGCGCUGGCGGGCUCCCAGCGCUGCUGUCGAGCUGGGCUCGCCCGGACCAGAAGUCGGACUGCGGGGAGGGGUCGAGGGAGGGGAUGUGGAAGACGCGUGCUGCGCUCAGUUCUUUGUAGGAUUUCUUUUUUUGUUUUCUUUUUCUUAAAAAAAGAAGAAAAAAAAAUCUGGUUUCCACGG